GGGCGGUCCGGGGGCAGGGGCUGCCGCGCUGAGCCGCGCCCGCCGCUCGCCUGCCCGCCCGCCGGAGCGGCCGCCACCCCUGCGCCAGGGAAGAGGAUGGCGGAGAGCGAGGCCGAGACCCCAAGCACGCCCUGCGAGUUCGAGAGCAAGUACUUCGAGUACAAUGGGGUGCGGCUGCCGCCCUUCUGCCGGGGGAAGAUGGAGGAGAUCGCCAAUUUCCCGGUGAGGGACAGCGACGUCUGGAUUGUCACCUACCCUAAAUCAGGCACAGGCUUGCUACAGGAAGUGGUGUAUCUCGUGAGUCAGGGAGCUGAUCCAGAUGAGAUUGGACUAAUGAAUAUAGAUGAACAGCUUCCAGUCCUAGAGUACCCUCAGCCUGGUCUGGACAUCAUUAAGGAAUUGACAUCUCCUCGCCUUAUAAAAAGCCACCUACCAUAUCGGUUUUUGCCUUCAGACCUCCAUAAUGGCAAUUCAAAGGUAAUAUACAUGGCUCGUAACCCCAAAGACCUGGUGGUAUCUUAUUACCAGUUUCACCGCUCCCUAAGGACCAUGAGCUACAGAGGAACAUUUCAGGAGUUCUGCAGAAGGUUUAUGAAUGACAAGUUAGGAUAUGGUUCGUGGUUUGAACAUGUGCAAGAGUUUUGGGAACAUCAUAUGGAUGCCAAUGUACUUUUUCUCAAGUAUGAAGAUAUGCAUAAGGACCUAGCAACAAUGGUUGAGCAACUGGUGAGGUUCUUAGGAGUUUCUUAUGACAAAGCACAGUUGGAAUCCAUGGUGGAACACUGCCAUCAACUCAUUGAUCAGUGCUGUAAUGCAGAAGCACUUCCCGUUGGCAGGGGACGAGUUGGGCUAUGGAAAGACAUCUUCACUGUUUCCAUGAAUGAGAAAUUUGAUUUAGUUUAUAAACAGAAGAUGGGAAAAUGUGACCUCACAUUUGAUUUUUAUUUAUAAAAAAAAUGCAUGCAUACAAUAUCCAAAUAAGCUAAAAGUGCUUUAUGCAUUCAUUUAUUACCUGCUGGACAAACUACUGUAGCUAUUAUGUGUAACAAGAGUUAAAGAAAGAAAAACAAUCUAAGUAAAUCAUAUCAGAUACAAUUAUCUUUGAUCCUAAACAGCUGUUUAUCUUCUGGUAUUUAAUCUGUAUUCACAUGCAAGAACUUCUAGACAAUACUAGAAUAUUCAGCUGUUACGGAAUGUAUUAUAGACAUAUAAGGUAUGUAUCAUAUAUGCAACUAGAAUGUACACCUUUUCAGCCCCACAUUGAUUAUGUGUUUUAUAAAAGCUUUUCACUAGAAUCUAAAUAAAUGUCCAUAAACCAAAUAGAAAUUAUUUCAGAGGGAAACAAGUAACAGGCCAAAACUGUAUGCUAGAAUGAUCUCAGGGGUUAAUCGUCACAUUAUUUUUAUAGCAGGUAUCCCAUUCCAGAAUAAUAACUGAUCAAAGUGGGGUUCACAUUAGGUUCUGCACACACUUAGCUGUAUAAUUUGAGUAGGUUCUGUGCACUGGCAUACUCUGCAAGACAGGCCUUGUUAUGAAAUGCAGCUGUGAUAGUCACUCUAAUCCCAGACCCCACCCAGGCUUUCAUGGAUGACAGGCACACCUGUCUUCCUGAUGGAUGAAGUUCAGCUUCAUGUGGAAGGUCAGCGAACAGAAGCUUCUUGAGUCCCCAACUCUAAUUCAGCCCCUCAAAAUUGGGCUUAAAAGUAAGACAUCCAGUGUGGGGUCUUAAAGAAUCAGUCUCUGGCCCAAUAUCUUUUCUAAGUAGAUGUGAGUUUCACCUGUUAGAUUCAGUAAGAGCAGAAAAGGUGCUGGGUAUCCUGUGGCUGCACUGGAAGGGCACUCAGCACUGUCUAUGGUUGUACUACUGGACUCUGCCAGACCUAAAUGCAAGACAGGGCAGUGUAAGCAGGCGGGGGAAACUGCAGCACUGAAGUUUAAAAAUGUGCCACCAGGUGGGAGUAUUGCACAAAUAUUAACGUAGAAUACAGUUUUAGUAAUUUAGCCAUGACAGGUCUGGAUUAUAAUCGGGAUUCAAGUUUAUUUCUGUAUCUUUUUUUUAUUCUCUAUGAUAGGUACACAAAUGGCCUGAAGCAGGCUCCUGUCGUGAUAAAACUCUCCUGAAUUACUUUAUUGUUCCACUAGGUAAUGACAUCUGUGCUUUUUAGGCUAUCAGCUGCAGGAGGUGCAUUUUUGCUAGCCAGAUAUUCGGGCUCACCAAAAGCCAUGAGGAAGGGCUAGCAGAUUUUUAGUGUUUCAGUUCUGUUGGGAAACUGUCAGUUGAGCAACUGGCAAGUGGUGUAGCAUGAUGUGGCUUAACAGCACUUUUCCUUGUAUAUUUGUGAGUGAAAAUGCUUUCAGUGAAAUUUUAUUUCUAUUUUUAUAUUUUUAGUACUGUAUGAAUAUUAAGCACUACACAUUAUACUUCUGUGCUUGCUUGCUUAUUGAAUAAAAGAUGUGUUCCAUG